AUGCAUCACCCCCAACAGCCAGCCUACGGUGGCUAUCCCGGUCAGUCUUAUCAUCAACAGGCCCCGCCGCCGAACCCGUACGGUUACAGCCAUUCUCCGCAACCGCCGCAGCAGCCCUACGGCUCACCCGCCCCGCAGCACGGAUAUAAUCAGGGACCCCCGCCAACUGGCUACCAACACUCGCCCACUGGUCAGCCGGCCUAUGAGGGUGGACGCCAACAAGGAAACUAUGGUGGACAUCAAUCCAGCGGUGGCCCCCCGCCGCCACCCACCGGUGCCGUCUCGUUCGGCAACGGCGCCCCGCAAGGCUACAACUUCCAGUAUUCGCGCUGCACCGGCAAGCGCAAGGCGUUGCUGAUCGGAAUUAAUUAUUUCGGCCAGAAGGGUCAGCUCCGUGGUUGUAUCAACGAUGUGAAGAACAUGUCCUCCUACUUAAACCAGAACUUCGGCUAUGCUCGUGAAGACAUGGUCCUUCUCACCGACGACCAACAGAACCCCAUGAGUCAGCCCACCAAGGCAAACAUUCUCCGCGCCAUGCACUGGCUGGUCAAGGACGCGCAGCCCAACGAUUCUCUCUUCUUCCACUACUCUGGUCACGGCGGCCAGACACCCGAUCUCGACGGCGAUGAAGAUGACGGAUACGACGAGGUGAUUUACCCGGUGGACUUCCGUGUCGCCGGCCACAUCGUGGAUGACGAGAUGCACCGGAUCAUGGUUCAGUCGUUGCGACCUGGUGUACGUUUGACCGCCAUCUUCGACUCGUGUCACUCAGGAUCUGCCCUGGAUCUUCCCUAUAUCUACUCCACUUCCGGCAUUCUCAAGGAGCCCAACCUGGCCAAGGAAGCUGGUCAGGGCCUGUUGGGUGUGGUGUCAGCCUAUGCACGUGGCGAUAUGGGUGGCAUGAUGUCCACCGCCAUGGGUUUCCUCAAGAAGGCCACCAAGGGCGACGAGGUGUAUGAGCGCAAUAAGCAGACCAAGACCAGUCCCGCCGAUGUUAUCAUGUGGUCCGGCAGCAAAGACGACCAGACCAGUCAGGAUGCCCAAAUUUCCGGCCAAGCCACCGGCGCCAUGUCGUGGGCCUUCAUUGCUGCCCUUCGCAAGAACCCCCAGCAGAGUUAUGUCCAGCUUUUGAACAGCAUCCGCGAUGAGCUGGCCUCCAAGUAUACGCAAAAGCCACAAUUGAGCUGCAGUCACCCCCUGGAUACAAAUCUUCUUUAUGUGAUGUAA